UCAACUACUGCAUAAGAGUUCCUUAAGAAACAAUGAUGGUGGAGUACACUGAUGAAUCAGCAGCCUAAAAGCAGUCCAAUUGGUGCUGGCAUUAAGCGAUCCAUCAUGUGAAAUGAGAGAGAGAUGAGCUGAUUAUGCAUCAUUCCUUUCAUUCAUUCUUUUCUAUUUUGCCCUACCAGAGUUAAACCUGAAUGACGUCAACGGUCACCAUCAGGUAACGAGAUGCUGGUCCCAAGGCUGAUGGAGUCCAUUGUGACUGAGCCUGAUGAUGACCUCCACUCUUCCGCUACAGAUUUUUGGAGGUUUCCAUUGAGAUGGUGGCACAUAAAUAUAGGCCCAAAAGAAGAGGGAGGACACACUUGCACUAGAAGCUUUACCUCCAACAGACACGGCAAGCCUCCAGCCUUUCGCUGCACUCCUCAGCUCCGUUUCUCCAUCAUGCACCAGCUACAGAUUCUAGGACUCCUGAGCAUUUUUCUGCUGGUCUUGAACCCCAGCCAGUGCAGUCCGAUCAUGGAACAGUGUGUGGAGCAAACCGACUGCUCCUCCACGCUGAAAGAGUACCACGCACAGCUCCUCAACCUGCCCAGCAGGAUCAACGAGCGCAGCGUCGCUGCAUGGAGCUACGAGAAGAACUUCGACCUGCACCGUGUGCCACAGCUCAUCUAUGAAGCAAACUGCCUGAACAGUCAUUCCUGUAAUGGGGUCGACAGCUCUUUCAGUCUGGAGAGCAUCCCCAUUGCAAUCAAAAUGCCAUUUCUUAGAAAAAACCCAAGAUGCCCAAAUUACGCACUGGAAUUCGAGGAUGUCAACAUCGCCUGUCUUUGUGCUACAUCCAGACAGAAUUAGCACUGGGUCUAACAGUUCAUGCACUGGAUUCAAUUUUAAUUAUUGAAUCUAAUGUCAACCACAAAGAAAUCUACUGAAUAGUGAUGCUUAUCGUCCUUAAUAAACAACAACACAAUGUACAUGCUGCCAUACAGAUGUAUUGAGUUCCCAAAUGCUUGCAAAUGUGAUUAAAUAAACUAGUUUUGUAACAAAAACAUUUGAUCUCAUUUUGGAAACAAA